CCAGCAUUCGACUGUUUGCCUUCGUUCAGUUCGGUUUAGCAGCCAAAGCAGCAAGGCCGUUCGAAUACCGGAGGGUGUGUAGCCAGUGUACUUCCCCGGCUCGGUUGAGGGAUUUCCGUCCGUCCGUUCCGAAAAAGGGUUACCACCGGUUGUUGUGCCAUCAGCGUGUUUGGAAAUUGGAAAUCCAGCGGCGAACGACUCAGUCGCCUUCGAACGGUCAACCGGUGCGCACGUGCUUGAGCAUUUGUAUUGGUCCGCGCGGUGUUUUAUAUCUUCCCCUACUCUGCUACAAGCAAAACGUGUCCACCGGGCCGGGUGUAUCAGUCUGUUUGUGCGCUAUUAAAAGUGUUUUUUUUUUGUCUUCUUCUUCUAAUUGCGUGUGUGUCAGCGGUUUGACGAUUGAAAAUUUGUUGCAAUAAAAUUGCACCUGCUGCGUGUGGUUGUUGUGUGUAGGACGGGCUAAAGCACCUUGUAACACAAACACACACACAAUCGAGGCAGUGUUUUGUCGUUUCAGUUCCACAACAGAACCGCAGAGGUGCCAAGUGCAUUGUGAUCUGUUCUACAAUUCUUUACAGUGAUUUCUAAGCACGGUGUUUGUGUGUUUGAAUUUGAAUAAGUUGCUCAUUCAGCUUAGCGAAACUUUGACGUGACCUUUCCCGUCGGCGUUAACAGUGCUUGGUGGAUGUGCGACGGCGUUUAAUACGGGGCCAAUCGCCACCGAUUACUUCAUUUACGCACUCAUCAACUAAGCCCAUCGCGACAGCCGCACAUCAGCGGGCCGUCGGGCUGUGGUAACGCUGAUAAGCGCAAUAUCGGAAUCGAAUGAUUCCGCAACAAUUACCAUCAGCUGUGGAGUAGACCGCUCCCUCCUAUCUUCCCCCGGCUCUAUCCCUCGCCAAGUCGGCGCUGCUGAUACUGAUUAGGGCUAUUGCUCUAGUGCCGCUCCGCGGAGGGUUAAAGUGUGCUGUCGGCCCUUCAAGUACGCGUGAUCGUGCAACAAAAGCGUGCGGAAGUGAAUAACCCUGGCUGUGCAAUAGUGUAUUUGUUUGAUAUUGAGUAGCUGUGUUUAAGCGUGCGUGUGUGUGUGUGUGUGCGGUUCAGCCACGCGGUUCAGUUGCGUGCUACGAGCGGGCUAAAGGCACGCACCGAAAAACACAAAACAAAAACAAACCCGCGCACACAGAAGCUAGCCGGUCGGACUGCCGUUGGAACAGGGUGAACCGGUUCACCUGGGUGAAUCCCACCCGAACGUGUAGUGUGGUCCCUGCAUCUCUCACCUGUCUGCCGCCGUGGAAGAGCUUUGCGGUUUUUGGGUUUUGGCUUUCGUGCAAGGCGUAUGUGUGUGACGGCGUACCGUUUCGAUACGUUGAGUAAUCUACUUUGCAUCCUGUAAACCAGCAUCACCUCUUUGCACCACCGAGAGGCAAAUCCAUUAGCAGACCUGCAGCACUCCUCUUCCAAAUCCCACCCUCAGGGAGUUCAUUUUGCAGGCUAAAUGCAGCGAGCACUUUCCACCGAAUUGAAAACAUCACCUCGUCACUCAGACUGCAGCUUCCAAAAAUAGAAUCCCGGCUCUACCCGUGGUACCGGCGCAUUACGAGGAUUAGCACCGGCAAACUCUUGCACGCGAGCAUGCUCUACCGUACUUCGAGACGCUCGACGUACAAACAGCCCACCUAACGAGGUGCCUGCAGAACCGGCGCAACGAGGGAUACAAAUCAAUAGAUUUGUUUCAUUAUUAAUAAGCCGGCUCCGGGGUUGCAACGGUGUAAAUUGCGCGGCCCAUAUAGCGCGGCGAGGCGUGAAUAUUAUUCCCAACGCCCAGCCGUGGGAUGGAUCGAUAAGGCUGAAGAAGAUAUUGAUUGCGGAAAACGGAUACGUGUGCCAAUGAGUACGAAGAGCAGCAAAUGCGGAAACGUGGUUCGAUUUAAUUCGCACGAAAAAGAUGUAUUAAGCAUCGCACAAUAAAAGACACAUUCCGUUGCGGAAACUGGUGCUCAAACUGGGAGUGUGUAAGAGGAGUGGUGAAGAAAGGCGCGAAGAAAACGUUUUUAUAACGAAAUGUAACAUGACAAUAAAUCCAGUACCUUACUACUACUUUUAAUAUUGCUCUUGCAAAACCUGUCUACCGCACACCAGAGCCGCUACGAACGGAUAUCGAUACAAAAGAGAGAGGUCACGAGUUGGCAGUUUAUAAAACUGAAGCUCAACGAACAGAACAACGUAUGGCGUAAGGCUAAACUUAUCCACCGAAAAAAAAUAAAAUAAAAAGCCAUAGUGUUAAGAGAUCAAGAGAGAGAAAGAGAGAGUAAGAGACAAAUCGGGGGCAAAAGUUUUGAUAAGUAAGAAGUCAUCAUCAUCAUCGUCGGGAAGCCUUCCCUUUUCGCCGCAUUUCGCAAUGGAUCUGAAGCAUUCCAACGUGCCGGAAGUGACGGUCGUCGCUGACGCGUACAUGCCGGGCAGCAAGUCGUCGGAUCUGAUCAAACCGCCGGCAACUAAUGGAUCGAAUGCGACACUCGACAAACCGGCCCUACCAGCGGGUGAGUUCCGGAUGUACAGCCGGCGCUGGCUGGUGCUGGCCAUCUUCGUGAUGUAUUCCGCCUCGAAUGCGCUGCAGUGGAUCCAGUACAGUAUCAUCGCAAAUAUCGUGCAGCGAUACUACAACAUCACCAGCACCUGGGUCGACUGGACGUCGAUGAUAUUCAUGAUCCUGUACAUUCCGCUCAUCUUUCCGGCCAGCUGGAUUCUGGAUAAAUUGGGACUACGAAUUGCUGCCAUCAGCGGUGUGCUCGGUACGUGUAUCGGUGCCUGGGUCAAGUGUUUCUCCGUCAGCCCGGACCUGUUCUGGGUGGGCUUCGUCGGCCAGUCGAUAGUGGCUGCCUCGCAGGUGUUUAUCCUGUCGCUGCCGGCCAAGGUAGCGGCCGUCUGGUUCGGACCGGAUCAGGUGUCGUCGGCCUGCAGCAUCGGCGUGUUUGGUAAUCAGCUUGGCAUAGCGGUCGGGUUUCUUGUGCCACCGAUGCUGGUGGAAAACCAUGACGACAUCAACCUCAUCGGUGAUGACCUACGGCUGAUGUUUUACAUUGUGGCUGGCUUCACGUCCGUGCUGGUCGUGCUGGUGCUGUUCUUCUUCAAGGCGGCACCGCCGACACCACCGUCCGCUGCACAGGAGGCGACGAAAACGCCCAAUCCGCUGCAGUCGUCACCGUUCCUGCACUCGAUCAAGCGCCUCAUGCUCAACCGGAACUACGUGCUGCUGCUCAUCUCGUACGGCAUGAACGUGGGAGUGUUCUAUGCCAUCUCCACGCUGCUGAAUCAGAUCGUCCUGACGCACUAUCCCGGUCAUGAGGUGGAUGCGGGCCGCAUUGGCGUGUGUAUCGUGUUCGCCGGCAUGCUCGGAUCGGUCGCCUGCGGUAUCGUGCUCGAUAAGACGCAUCGAUUUAAAGAAACUACACUUGCCGUGUACAUUUUCACCAUGAUCGGUAUGUGGAUCUACACCUUCACCCUUUCGGUCGGUCACAUUGCUGUGGUGUACGUCACCUCCGCCCUGUUGGGCUUCUUCAUGACCGGUUACCUACCGGUUGGGUUCGAGUUUGCAGCCGAGCUGACGUACCCGGAACCGGAAGGCACCUCGACCGGGCUGCUGAACGCGGCGGCCCAGGUGUUCGGUAUCACCUUCACCAUGCUCUACUCGGAGCUGCUCAACACGAACGGUGACAUCGUGGCGAACGUAACGAUGGCUGUGAUGCUGCUGGUCGGUUCCGUCGUAACCGCCGUCAUACGGUCCGAUCUGAGGCGCCAGGCCGCCCAGAACCCAAACCCGUAAGGCGACCUGCCUCCCGCAACCCAACGGUUAAGAUAAGUGAAAUGUUUUAGCAUUUUAGUGGUUUAAGGUUUUUCGAGGGGAUGGAAGGAAGAAGACGAUCGUGAUGAUGUCUUCUUUUUCUGGUUUGUGUCUCGCCUGGGGCGUAAAAUGUUGGCAUUUUUAUAUUUGUUUUUAGAUAAUUUCAUUUAUUUAGGAACAUUUCAAGCGAAACUGUUUUUAUUUAACAUUUAACGGAACAAGAAUGCGUGCAAUAUUUCUCUAUUAUAUUUAAAACAUUUCAUUUGUCUAGAAACUCAGCCAGCAAAGCUGUGAGUUUAUCUAAAACAAAGGAAAAGCUUAACCGGAAAAGUAACAUUUGUCGAACAACUGGAGUUGGAAAACUUUCCAAAAGUAAAAGCCACAUCAGCAACCAUAAAAGGGAACCAUUCUUCGUUCGCUAAUCCAUCGCGAUAAGAAAAAGUUUCGGCUUCGCUUUAAGUUGCCUCUCCAUUUUCUGGUCGUUAAAAACCGAUCCAGAUUAUUUCGAUGAUGGAAAUCAAUCCCACCCUCUGCCGGCAAGUGAUUCUAUCCUAUUUUCUAAAGGUACAAGCGCAAGACAAAGCGAACCAAGCAACACAAGGAACGUGAAAGAAAAGCUACUCAUUGACGCGCUUGCUUGGUAGCAAAGUGUGGCUAAUUUUCCGAACAACUUGAAGCAUUCUCUUCUCCUCUAUUGUGCCAAGCGUAAAUUGGAAGGUCAGUGUGGGUGUGUGUGUUUUUUUUUGCUUUCGAUUUUUAAUAUUUUGGCUCUCCACAUUUCGCUGUUGAAUUUGGAUCGUUUCAUUUCCUGCGUUUUUUUUUUGUUCCGAUACUCUUCCGGGAAACGUUGGGAAUCCGGCAUUGACCCCGAGAAAUACCACAAACUCUUCGCAAGCAUUUCUGCUUAUUUUUGCUCGCACUACACAUAAAACGGACGUUCCCGGUCAUUACAGUUUUACCCCUUUUCUGAAGGGUUUGUAAUGGGCUUUUUCCUUUACGGAUGGGAUGGCAGAUCUCUACUUUUUUCUCUCUCUGCCUUUUCACUGUUGUGCGAUAUUUUGGGGCGCACUUUUCGGGGAGGGUGACCAAGAUUUAAGUGUGUCCUUCGCGCUCGUGUAACCACCAGCAGCUGUUUGGUUUUAUUUUCCGCUGUGCUUUACGCUUUUUUUGGGUGUUUUAUUAACGAGAUUGAGGAUUCAUUGGGAACAUUAGGGUUCUAACAACAUUCCUCCCUUCUGCUCCUGUUUAUUUUAUUUUUACAGGAUCGUUCGAUUUGUUGUCUCGAAAUAGACUAGAGAGCAAGACGGAAAAGAAAAUCCUUUGCAAAAUGGGAAAUCAUUUCAUAGCAAUCGGCUUCACUUGGCUGGUGAUACAUGAGUUUUAGGGAGUUUUAUCUGAGAAAACAGAAAGCUGAAACUCCAGUGUUGUUGACAUUGGCAAAGAUAACAAAUUGAGAAGAAUUUAAAUUUAAAGUCACAUGAUUUUGUUUCGGGCACUGAAUAGAACCAUUUUUCUAAACAUUCAGUCAAUUAAUCAUUUUAUCACAAUAUUGGGCUCGGGAGAAAGGAUAUCCUUGCCAUUCAUUUUAUCACUCCAUUCUCUUUCACACAAAAAAGAGUAAUUAAGCUCUACGUGCUUUAUCUAUCAACCUUUGGUAAUGGACAAUACGGAAUGUUUGAUUAAUGAGCUUUAUAUUCAUUCUGAAAUUUUCCCAUUUAAUAACUCCUCGUGUUCCAUUUUACUCGGAGCAAGUUUAGUUUAAGAGAAACAGUUUACGUUUCAAUUUCAAUUUGUUUGCUAACCUACACUGAAUCAAAAGGAACAAUUAGGCACUUGCACAAAUGGAAACAUUCAUUUGUUUCCUAGAAAUCGGAUUGGAAUGCAACAUAGUUUCCUUCAUUACCCCAACGUUGAACUUCGAUUCCAUUUUCAUUCGUUUUAAGAAUAGGCACAUACAAGACUUCUUUCUUCAAUCCUUGCUGUGAGUUUCUGUAGCAUUUCAUACCCAACGCCAGCUCAACUACAUCAACGCACACCCAGAAAUCGAUGAAUGCCUUUCUCUCUCCUGAUCUUCGGUCUGUACGAAAAUCCCACCCUAUGGCAAUAGGAUUUAAUAUCAUCAGGGUGCAUGAAAGCAGAACCUCCCGUUCGAUAGCCACUGCCACAGCGGGCGGUAAGUGUGACACAAAUUGAAUUGCUUCCAACCACGGCCUACAGGCCUGCCCGGUUCGUUGCGUACAGCCAUGUAACCCUUUUGGCCCUGCUACAUGGAGCUAGGCUUAUCCUUAGCUCAGUGACACACAUCUAGGAAAACUAUAAUUAACAAGUCAAUUCGAACACACUCGCUCUCUCUCCCACACGAUGGCUUCGAAUUCGAAUGGACACAUUGCUACAAGUUUCUGUUUUAUCCAGAACUAGGUGCAAUCAAAACGCAAUACAGUCGACCAUAGCAAAGUGUCAAGUGAUUGGGAAAGUGUGGAGUGUAAUUAAUUUUCCUUACCAUUUGCUUUCGUGCUCUUUAGUUCAAGUGGAGCUCAGUGCGAUGGGGUUUGUUUGAAUGCACCCGAAGACGAUGUUGUUCUGUAGCAACAGAAUUGAAGCGAAGUGAUUUUAGAAGUAUAGCCCAUUCAACCAAGCGCAAAGAAGCAUGUUGCGUUAUAAAAGGAAGAAUUUCAUAUUGGACUUCAUUUCGCACGGGGUAUUGUUAAGCCAAAUACUAGCUGCAGUCCGCACACAUUAUGAGAACCCCAUCGGUAGAGUGUAUUUCGUAUAACAGCACAAACUAGCGAUGAGUGUGUAGAGACCUGCAGCCUACAAUAGCAUUGUCGUUCGGAAGGGCGUGUUGUUGAUUUAGAAAAAAAUGAGGAAAUGUAUCUUAGCUUAGUGAUCAAAUGAUGGUAAAUUUCUAAAUUAAUUGCUGCCAUUUGUUGGAGGCAAUUAUAUGGAAAAAGGUAACAAAUCAAUAGCUAACAAGCACAAAACCAUGAACCGUAGAGGAAAAGUAACCCAUCCACAGAUGCGUAUUUAUACUCGCGCGAUGUAAAACGGUAGUAUUAGCUGUGAUAACCAACAACAACAAAAAAAAAACUACAAACACCCACAAACAUAUAAUAUUAAAAUAGCUACAACCUGUUGAGCUGAAUGUUGAUGGCCGAAAAAAAAACAAAAAACAAAACAAAAAAGCAUAUAAAAAACGAGACUUAGCAGUAGAGUUGGAGGAUAGUAAACACAAAAGACAUUACCAGUAGAACUGUGGACAAUAAAUUUAUUACAGGAGUGGCGGUAUGUUUGACGGUGGAAGCGAUUUACAAUCGUUUUUUCCGCUCAAUUGGUUCCCGUGUAUAGAGAGAGAGAGAGAGAGUGAAUGAGGUAAAAGGGAAGCGCCGUAAUGUAUGCAUGUUAUAUUUACAGUAGAUUAGAUUUAAAAGCUUUGGAGAGGAAAAAACAACACAACAAACCAGAAAGACUAGAAUUGCAUGAUAAUAAACCAACAAUGGGAUGGAAAUGUUUAGCAAUUAAAGAGUGUGUAGUCUGACUGUUCACUAGCUGCAUUCCUCCGCAUCCCGUAACACUUUAAUGUUCAGUGUGUCGAUGGAAUUCAACCCCCCUUAGAGAAGAUAAUUCCACGAAACCAACUACAGAAACAAUAACACACAACAAGAAAACUGCACUAUAUACAAACAUACACACGCACAAACCCAACCCAAACCAUACCCAAUGACAAUACACACCAAAUACCUAAACGUGCAAGACACCCACAGAUUUUAAACUAGCGUAGCGUAUUUGUGCAGAGAACAGCGGGACGAAAAUAUUUAGCUAAAUAGAAACGAGUUGUUGAAUGCUUACAAAAAACAAUGUUUAGCCGCUAGAGAGACUAUUCGAGCGAACAAGAUAAUAAAAUGCCACAAACACAAAAUGACAAAAAAAAAACAAAAACAAGACAAGCAUGAUAGCAUAUUUAGUAAGAGUAUUUAUACGUGUGUUUUUAAGACAAAACUUGCACUUGUUAUGGAAUGAAAAAAGCAAAACGUGACAGUAAAAGGCGGCAAACUGAGAACGUCAAAUGGCGCUGGAUGGGUCGUUCCCUCCCUAUUGACGUUCCGAAAGUAUUUUGUACCGGAUGGUUAUGGAUUGUAAAGCCGGUAAGCAACCAUUAUCCAAAUCCAAAGACAAGCGCUAAUUGCGGGGACGAUUGCGUUGUGCUAGGUGCCAAAAUGAAAGUAUAAUUAUAAUAAUGUUUAACAUUUAGUGUAGAAAAAAACAGGAAUAAACAUAAACAAUACACAAAACAGCCACAAAACUAUAUUUAAUCGACGUGUUACUAGUUUUAUAUCGAGUAGGUAAAGCGUAAGUGAAUAAGAGAAGAAAAAACACAUUGGCAAAUGGUUAAUUGUUUACUUUUCAACAAAAUAAACAGAAACAAAAAAGACGUUAAAAACAUUUGAAAACAGUAGACUAGAACAAAAAUAACGGCAGAAAGUAAGACAAUAAAUAAAGGAAACCAGUAAACGAAAGCAAGAUGACGCGUUGUGAACGAUCCUAAUGGCAGUAUUACGAAGGACAUUUUUCGAUAAGAUGGUUAUAAAUGACUAAUUGGCUUUGAAAUAGAAAAAAAGAGCGAUUGAGCAUGAAAAGAAAGCAGGCAAAAAGUCUAACAAGUUUAAUACUACAAUUGUACGAAAAAAAGCAUCUAACGAUAUCUUCACUUCAUGUUGGAACUAAAGCUAAACUCUUGGUAGAAGUCUAAACUAGGCUAAUAAGCUAAACGAACACUGAACUCUUUAAUAUUAAAUCUCGCCAUCAAAACAACAACAACACACACACACACACUCAUUGUUAGACAGAAACACGAAAAACAGCAGAAAAAAUAACAAGAAAAACAGAAAACAGAGACCAGCAAAGAGCAUCGCUAGAAGCUACAGGCUAUAAUUUCCCGCUCCUUCCCUGUUUAGAAACGCAAUAUGUCUAUUUUACUAUCCAAAACAAACCAAAAAAAAAGCCAAACAACUUACAGUGUGUGCGUGUAUUGUGUCUGUGCUAAAAUAAAGUCAUCGUCAUCGUAACAAUUUAUCAAUUCCUUAACAUAA